AUGUUGCGUGCGCUGCGUGUGGUGUUACUUGCGGCGGCGUGCGCUGCGCCGGGCUGGGCAUGGUACCUGCCCGGGAGUGCGCCGCGCUCUUUCAAAAGCGGCGACGCGGUACCUUUUCAAGUGAACGCGCUGCAGCCCAUGUCGGGCGCGACGCCCGUGCAUGGGCUGGUGAGCUACGACUACUACGAUGCCCGCCUCGGCUUCUGCAAGCCGGCGAACGGGCCACAGGCGCAGAGCGGGAGCCUCGGCAGUAUCCUCUUUGGCGACCGUAUCUACAACAGUCCGAUCGAGAUCGCGAUGCUGAAGAACCAGUCGUGCGUCAAGAUCUGCGAAGAAACGGCCACGACCGAGCAGGCGGCGUUUAUCAAUGAGCGCAUCACGGAGCGCUACGGCGUGAACUGGAUGGUCGACGGGCUGCCCGUUGCCGAUGCGGGCCUCACGAGCGUCGACGGAACGAUCCGUGCCAACUCGGUCGGCUUCGCGCUCGGGAGCAUCCUCGACGCGGAGCUACACCGCCUGCCGACGCCGGCGCUGUACAACCACUACCGCCUGAACGUGUCGUACCACGAGCGCGGCCCGAACGAGUUCCGUGUCGUGGGCGUGAAUGUGAUUCCCAUGUCGCGUCACUCGCUCCCGAACGGCCUCGGGGGGCCGGUGCAGUGCGACGCGACGCAGCCCAUGUUUCUCUCGCCGAACGCGACGACGCCCGUUGCAUACACCUAUGAUGUCGUCUGGACGCCGAGCAGCACGCCGUGGGCUACGCGCUGGGACGCCUAUCUCCACGUCGUCGACCCGCGCAUCCACUGGUACUCGCUGCUGAACUCGCUGGCGAUUGUCGCGCUGCUCUGCGUGCUGGUCGCGCUGGUGAUGGCGCGUGCGGUGCGCCGCGACAUUUACCGCUACAACGCGAUCGACCUCACCGAGGACAUCCAGGAGGACUACGGCUGGAAGCUCGUCCACGGCGAGGUGUUCCGCCCGCCCUCGUCGCCGAUGCUGCUGAGCAUCAUGGCCGGCACGGGCGCGCAGCUACUGGCCAUGGCGGUCGUGACGCUGUUCUUUGCGCUACUGGGCUUCCUCAGCCCGUCGAACCGCGGCUCGCUCGCGACGAUCAUGAUUGUCACCUGGACGCUCUUUGGCUUCAUCUCGGGCUGGGUCAGCGCAAAGGUGUACGCGAGCUUCGACGGGGAGCAGUGGCGCCGCAACAUGGUGCUCACGGCGCUGCUCUUCCCCUCGCUCAUCUUUGGCGUGAUGAACCUGCUGAACCUCUUCCUCGUGUUUAACCAGUCGGCCGGCGCAGUGCCGUUCGGCACGCUCCUCGCGCUGGUCGCGCUGUGGUUUUUGAUCAACAUCCCCCUGUCCUUCCUCGGCUCGUACCUUGGCCUGCGCUCGGGCGCCUUUUCGCACCCAGUGCGCGUAAACCAAAUCCCACGCCAGAUCCCCCCGACGCAGUGGUACCUGCGCCCAUGGCCCGCAGCGAUCCUCGCAGGCAUCCUGCCGUUUGGCGCGGCGUGGCUCGAGCUCUUCUUUAUGAUCAACUCGCUCUUUGGUAACCGGGUGUACUACGCGUUUGGCUUCUUGACGCUGACGUUUGGCGUCACCGCGGCGACGACCGCGACGGUGAGCAUCCUCGCAUGCUACUUCCACCUCUGUGCGGAGGACUACCGCUGGCAUUGGCGCGCGUUCAUCACGGGCGGCGCCAGCGCGUUCUGGCUCUUUGCCUACGGUCUCUUUUACUGCUACACGCGCCUGAACCUGCCGGAUAUUUCGAGCCAGAUCCUGUUCCUGGGAUACCUCUUUGUCAUCUCGCUGCUCGACUUUUUGCUCUUUGGCUUCAUCGGCUUCAUCGCAUGCUACCUGUGCGUCAAGACGAUUUACAGUCACAUCCGCGUAGAUUAA